AUACAUUUCAAUGCGUAAAGGAAAAAUGGUUUAAAUAGCGCUAGUGUUGAGGGAGCUACUAUCUUCGGUGAGUUGUGCGCAACUCACUGUUGGGUCCAAAGUUCAGCUCGGGUCCAAGUAUCAUGGUGAAGAUCAAGAGGAGCCUAUGGCUUCUCUUUGUUUUGGCUGUAGGGGUCCUUGCACGACCCGAUAGCGAUGACCUAUCGGCUGCAUCAUCACAGUAUGCUGAGCUGCGUAGCGGCCGUGUAACAGAUGUAACAGCUGAAGCAGAUGUAACAUCUGAAGAUGUAACAGCUGAGGACUCAGACUCCGAUGAGAGUCGAAUGUUCAACCCGAACGAGUUGAUCGGACUGCCGUUACCCUUAGAGUCGCUCCACAAAUGCCACUCGCAGGGUGAAAUGUAUUACGAGAGGAGAGGAGCCAUCUGUUUCGUCUGCGCCUGCUUCAGUUCAACUAUAGGCCUCCUGUACUCCAAGUGCGUGGCCUGUGACCUGUGCGUAGAGGAACAUAAUGCGAUUCCAUUACCUCCUCUACCAGGACAUCUGAUCCCAAUAGUUCCACCAGUUCACCCAUUACCAGACGUUUCACCUACGGCUACUCCAGAUAUUCCAGCACCAUUGCCUCAUACAGAAGUAUUACCGGAGCCGCAGCCAGAACCAGAAAAUAUUACUCCACAACCGGCUCCAGUAAUUCCGAUACCAGCUCCACAGCCCCCUGCACCAGUUCCACAACCAUUGCCACCGCAACCACUGCCUCUGCCUGUCCCACGAGGCUGGCCAUUACCUCCAAAACCAGCACCACAACCAGGACCGCAACCGGGACCGCAACCGGCACCACAACCGGGACCACAACCGGGACCGCAGCCGGGACCACAACCGGGACCACAACCGGGACCGAAACCAGGACCACAACCAGGACCACAACCAGGACCACAACCAGGACCUCAACCAGGACCUCAGCCUCCAGCACCGAAACCCUCACCUCAAGACCAAGUACUGUUCUGUCCACCUCCACUGUUUAUCCGUGGACCGCCACGUCCUUACCCAGUACCAGUACCGGUACCAGGUAAAAACAUAUUAGUGCCUGUACCUGUACCCGUACCAGUACCUGCUGACAAGAUCUACAUUUCGAACAGGCCGUAUUCUGUACCACAACUACCUAAGAUACUACCAGUUCCGGUACCUAGCAAGGACAAACUUGUACCAGUGCCAGUGCCCGUACCAGUACCUGGAGCGACAAAGUUCUACCCAGUGCCCGUCGUCCUCUACGUAGCCCCUGAGUGCAAACAUCAUCAACCUCUGGUACCGUUCUACGUUCCAUCCGAGCCGUGCGUAAUCCACGUGUGUAAGAUCGUCUACAACUACGUCUUUAUUGAGACCAGCCAUGACAGUAAUUGCAUUGGUAAACCAAAAGUACCUGGUUGGAGCACAGCUGGUGCCUCAGCAAAUGCAAUAAGUACAGGUGGAUCAUCUACGGCCGAAGCUAAUGCUAACGCUAACACCGGCCUGUCACCUCUUGUCAAAUACGGACCCUACAAUUUAUAUUCCAGUGGUCCCAGUGCAUCGGCUGAUGCUUCAGCUACUACUGGAGGUUGGAACGGAAAAACUUACUCAGGAUCAAAUGCAAAUGCUAACGCUGUAGCAAAUACCGGCGCACCAUUGAGUUACGGAGGAGAUUACUCUAAUGCUAAUGCUCAAGCAAAUGCUAAUACAGGUCCUACUUAUGGAGGUGCAUAUAGCAUAGCUGAGGCUCAAGCAACCGCUAAUACAGCGCCCGCUUACGGAGGUGGAUACAGCAUCGCUGAUGCUCAAGCCACCGCUAAUGCUGGAUAUGGUUACGGAGGUGGAUACAGCAUCGCUGACGCUCAAGCAACCGCUAACGCUGGACCUGGUUAUGGAGGUGGAUACAGCAUCGCUGAUGCUCAAGCAAUCGCUAAUGCUGGACCUAGUUAUGGCGGUGGAUACAGCAUCGCUGAUGCUCAAGCAACCGCUAAUGCUGGACCUGGUUAUGGAGGUGGAUACAGCAUCGCUGAUGCUCAAGCAACCGCUAAUACAGCGCCUGUUUAUGGUGGUCGAUACAGCAUUGCUGAUGCUCAAGCAACCGCUAACGCGGGGUCUGGUUAUGGAGGUGGAUAUAGCAUCGCGGAUGCCCAAGCAUCAGCCAAUGCCGCAAAUGGUAAUAAUGGUGCAUACAGCCUGGCAGACGCUCAAGCAGUUUCCAAUGCUGCAAAUGGUUAUAAUGGUGCAUAUAGCCUGGCGGACGCUCAAGCAGUAUCUAACGCCGCAAAUGGUUACAAUGGUGCAUACAGCCUGGCGGACGCUCAAGCAGUAUCUAACGCCGCAAAUGGUUAUAAUGGUGCAUACAGCCUGGCAGACGCUCAAGCCGUUUCCAAUGCCGCAAAUGGUUACAAUGGUGCAUACAGCUUGGCAGAUGCUCAAGCAGUAUCUAACGCCGCAAAUGGUUAUAAUGGUGCAUACAGCCUGGCAGACGCUCAAGCCGUUUCCAAUGCCGCAAAUGGUUACAAUGGUGCAUACAGCCUGGCAGACGCUCAAGCCGUUUCCAAUGCCGCAAAUGGUUACAAUGGUGCAUACAGCCUGGCAGACGCUCAAGCAGUAUCUAACGCCGCAAAUGGUUAUAAUGGUGCAUACAGCCUGGCAGACGCUCAAGCCGUUUCCAAUGCCGCAAAUGGUUACAAUGGUGCAUACAGCCUGGCAGAUGCUCAAGCAGUAUCUAACGCCGCAAAUGGUUAUAAUGGUGCAUACAGCCUGGCAGACGCUCAAGCCGUUUCCAAUGCCGCAAAUGGUUACAAUGGUGCAUACAGCCUGGCAGAUGCUCAAGCAGUAUCUAACGCCGCAAAUGGUUACAAUGGUGCAUACAGCCUGGCGGACGCUCAAGCAGUAUCUAACGCCGCAAAUGGUUACAAUGGUGCAUACAGCCUGGCGGACGCUCAAGCAGUAUCUAACGCCGCAAAUGGUUACAAUGGUGCAUACAGCCUGGCGGACGCUCAAGCAGUGGCCAAUGCUGGAAACGGUUACAAUGGUGCAUACGGCAUUGCAGAUUCUCAAGCUGCUGCUAAUACUGCCAGUUAUUUAGGUCUUAGUUCGUCUAACGCUGCCGCUCAAGCAGCUGCUCAAAGCGCUUCUGGUCUACAAGGACUUGGAAGUUAUAGUGACGCCAAUGCUGUUGCCCAAGGUGUCACAAACUCUCUUGGCUAUACUUCAUCCAAUGCCGCAGCUCUAGCUGCUGCCAAUGCCGCAUCUGGAUUAGGAGGAUAUGGUGGCUAUAGUGAUGCUGGUGCAGCUGCUCAAGCUGCAGUGAAUAAUGCUGGCUAUGGCGGCUAUGGUUUAUCCAAUGCCGCAGCUCAAGCUGCUGCCAAUGCAGCAUCUGGAUUAGGAGGAUAUGGUGGCUACAGUGACGCUAGUGCUGCUGCCCAGGCUGCAGCUAACAAUCUUGGAUCUUAUUCAUCCAAUGCCGCAGCUCUUGCUGCUGCCAAUGCCGCGUCUGGAUUAGGAGGAUAUGGUGGCUAUAGUGAUGCUAGUGCUGCUGCCCAAGCUGCAGCUAAUAAUCUAGGCUCUUCUUCAUCCAAUGCCGCAGCUCAGGCUGCUGCCAAUGCCGCAUCCGGAUUAGGAGGAUAUGGUGGCUAUAGUGAUGCUAAUGCAGCUGCUCAGGCUGCUGCAAAUAAUGCUGGGUAUGGCGGCUAUGGUUUAUCUAAUGCCGCAGCUCAAGCUGCUGCCAAUGCAGCAUCUGGAUUAGGAGGAUAUGGUGGCUACAGCGACGCUAGUGCUGCUGCACAAGCUGCAGCUAAUAAUCUUGGCUCCUCUUCGUCCAAUGCCGCAGCUCUAGCUGCUGCCAACGCUGCAUCUGGAUUAGGAGGAUAUGGUGGUUACAGCGACGCUAAUGCUGCGGCUUUGGCUUCUUCUGGACUUAUAGGACUUGGUGGUUCUAGUGACGCUAGUGCAGCUGCUCAGGCUGCUGCAAAUAAUGCUGGCUACGGCGGUUAUGGCUUAUCAAAUGCCGCAGCUCAGGCUGCUGCAAACGCUGCAUCUGGAUUAGGAGGAUAUGGUGGGUAUAGCGAUGCUAAUGCUGCAGCUUUGGCUUCUUCCGGACUUACUGGGCUUAGUGGUUCCAGUGACGCUAGUGCGGCUGCUCAGGCCGCAGCAAAUAAUGCUGGCUUUGGCGGCUAUGGCGGCUAUGGUUUAUCUAAUACCGCAGCUCAAGCUGCUGCCAAUGCCGCAUCCGGAUUAGGAGGAUAUGGUGGCUAUAGUGAUGCUAAUGCAGCUGCUCAGGCUGCUGCUAAUAAUGCUGGGUAUGGCGGCUAUGGUUUAUCUAAUGCCGCAGCUCAAGCUGCUGCCAAUGCAGCAUCUGGAUUAGGAGGAUAUGGUGGCUACAGUGACGCUAACGCUGCAGCAUUAGCUGCAGCUAAUACUGGCGGUUACGGUGGUUAUGGAGACGGUAAUGCUGCGGCCGCUGCUGCUGCCGUCGCUGCUGCUGCUGCGGCUGCUGGCGAUCAUGGUGGCCAUGGAGACGCUGCUGCUGCUGCCGCUGCUGCUGCCGCCGCUGCUAAUGCAGCUGGUGGUUACGGUGGCUAUGGAAAUUCUCUCAGUAUCGCACAGGCACUAGCCAAUGCUGGUAUUAUCCGAAGUGGCGAACCAGAUACUGAUUCAGAUUUAGCAGACGAUUCGUCAGAAGACCGAGCAGACUCCAGGAGAAAGAGGAACGUUGAGCAACGCAGGCUCAGACUCAGAAUGAGAGCCUAAUAAACCACAAAACUUCUGAGAAUAAACCAACACUCAUCACAAUGAUCUCUCUACAAACUUGGCAAGAUAAUGGAUUUGAUAAAGUUUAUAUAUUUUAAUCGAAGCAUCCAGAAAAUGACGAGCAAACUUCAUACUUAUAUGUAUUAUUUAUGUAAUAAAGCUACUAGUGGGA